GGCACUGGUGGGUGGCACUGGUGGGCACAGGUGGGUGGCACUACUGGGCACAGGUGGGUGAACUGCUGGGCACAGGUGGGUGCAUUGCUGGGCACAGGUGGGUGCAUUGCUGGGCACAGGUGGGCGCACUGCUGGGCACAGGUGGGUGCAUUGCUGGGCACAGGUGGGCGGAACUUGUGUGUGGCACUGCUGGGCACCGAUCAUCAGGGCACUGAUGAUCAGUGACCCUGAUGAUUGGUGCCGAUCCCCGCUCUGACAACUGCUAGUUUGCGGCAGUACUUUUCUCACGAUCUGACAGCGUGAGGAAAGUGCAGCUGAGAACCGGCAUUUUCAU